UUAAGAAUGAACCUUAACCCAAACAAAUACAGCUUGAGUUGAACGACGCACCCAAACCACGAAACAUCACUUUUCUGUGUUCUGACCUACAACAUCAUCCAUUUCUCCACUCCUGCGUUGUAGCCGCCCAAUCAACAUUUCUUGCAUCAAUGGCGGAAACUCCCAACAACUCUCAAACUCUUGCUGAGCAAUACUAUGUGAAUGACAAACAAGUGAAAACAGAUGUAGUUGAAAAACCUGUUGUAGUCGAGGAAGUUGAAAAGCCAAAGGCGGCUACUUCUGUGGAAGCUGUUGUUGAAAAAACUGUAGAAGAAACAGUUCCUGCUGCCCCUGUGGUUGCUCAAGAAAGCAGUGAAGUUGCCCCUCCUCCCGCUGAAGAAAACACUCAAGAGCCAAGUAGUGAAACUGUUGAAGAAAAUUCUGGUGAUCAAGAGGAAGCUGAAGAGAAACCUGAAAUUAAGCUUGAAACUGCUCCAGUAGAUUUCCGUUUUCCAACUACUAAUCAAACAAGGCAUUGCUUUACCCGAUACAUUGAAUAUCAUCGAUGUGUGGCUGCAAAGGGAGACGAUGCACCAGAAUGCGAUAAGUUUGCUAAGUAUUACCGUGCUCUUUGCCCUGGUGAAUGGGUUGACAGAUGGAAUGAGCAACGCGAGAAUGGAACAUUCCCAGGCCCGCUGUAGGUCAAAUAUGUCUCAGAUAGAUGCGCAAUUCACUUGCAGUAUUACAUUUAAAAUUGCAAGAGACAAACUUCCAAACACUUUGGGGCAUGUUCAAUGUUACGCAUUGGGUUAAUAAGAAAUUUUGCUUUUCUAUUUAAAAACCAGAUUGAGUUGUAAAAUUGCAGGAAAUGCUUCUGGUGAAAUGUCCAGAGAAAUGUCUUAUUUAAUGUAUUCCUAACAUAGGGAUUGCUGUGGAGUUUUUUAUACCCCCAAAAUAAUAAAAGUACCUCAAGUUAUUAUAAAA